CAUCACAUAAAUUGAAUAAGGAACUAACUUACUAAUAAAAACUGCCUCUUUCCCAGACAGAAAAACUAAAUGGGAUGUCUUUCUCUGUUUUAAAACAUUAUCCCUUUUAAUGUUUAAAACAAGAUGCUUAAACCAUGCUAAACAUUUCCCUGAUGUCUCACUGAUGUGUUGACAAUGAUAAAACAUUCUGAUUUUCUCUUAAGGACGGAACAUCCCAUUUGUAGCUGUUUACAAGACACAGAGAGAUGGAGACAGUGAGAUGCAUGACAGGGAGAGUAUUGCAGAAGUACACAACCUGGAGAGCAAUGACAACCUGAGGCUGACCCUGGACUCCAUGCAGAUGCCCACUGUGGAAUACAAGGAGAUCAACAUUGAUGACUACACUCUGUCAAUGCAGAUCCUCAAACCUGCCGGCUUCGUGGAAACAUCACACUAUCCUGUGCUCCUGUUGGUGUAUGUAUUAGCAUAUUUUUUCACAUACUUGUGUGAAGUACUGGUCUAAUCAUUUUGACAUGGAAAAAGUGUGUGUCCAUUAGCAAUGCUGACCCAACAUGGCUUCCUGGACUGAGUUUUAAUCAAGCAUAUUUUUCUCCACUCUUCUUGGAUAAUAAUAACACUGGGGAUAAAGACACUUAUCCUAAUCCUCCUGUCCACCCCUUUAUUUUACUAGCAUUUAUUUUGUACUUUUAUAUAUCUUUUGCUUAAUUCUAAACUUUUUAGAAAUCACCUUUUGGAAUCCGCUUGUUUGCAUCUCAAGCGCAUAUGCCUAUCUAAUAAUUACAAUUAUUUAACUGUAUUAAAGUGACUGUCUUGGAACAAGUUAUAUCUGCUGCAUUUUAGCUUUAUUUCAUCCUAAUGCUAAUCUGUACAUGUUGCCUAUUGUCAGUUCACAGAUACAG